AUGGAGUCAGACGAGGAGCAGGAUACGUUUCAUGGAGUUUAUCCCAAAUUCGGUGCAAUUUUCAUGUCAAGCAGUGUAACGAAAAAUGAGUGCUUUAGACGAAGACUGUUUGGCCUUCCAUCUGCAAAAGGCCACUUUGUUGAGCAGGUUAAAAGAGGAAUGAUUUUGUUUCUGUUUGAAUAUGAGAGGAGAGAACUUCACGGUGUUUUUCAGGCAUGCUCUGAUGGGACAAUGAACAUUUCCCCUCGUGCAUAUAAGUCAUCAGGAAAUCAGUUUCCUGCACAGGUAAAAGUCAAACAAAUAUGGUGUUGUCGUCCACUUCACGAAUCUGAAUUCAGUGAUGCAAUCAAAGAAAACUAUUUUUCUAAAUGGAAGUUCAAUUUUGGUCUCUCCAAAGCUCAGGUUCGAAGGCUUCUAACAUUGUUCAGUCCACGAAAGGUAGAAGAUCAAUGGCCUCCAAGAGAAUUAGCGAGAAGUAAAGAAUCAAGCCCAGUGUAUGCUACUGCUAAAGUCAGGGAAGUCGAUGAAGGCAGGUCUGUAUUCAAUGAUAAGGUAAACAAUGAGCUUGAUGCUGACAACAAUACAGAGCCAAUGAUGACUCAGUAUAUGGGGACCUCCUUUGAGAAUGUUGGAAGAGAAGAUGCUGGCAGGCUGGAAAGUGAUAAAGUAGACAAUAAGGGUGGGGAGAUCGUGCAGAGUGCAAAUUUUGGGCGCUUUCUGGAUAAAGUUGGAAUGUACGAGAGGGCACAGAAUGAACUUAAUGUGGAUAUUGAACAUGUGGCAUCCAUGUCAACAGAGUAUCCAAAGUUGUGUAAAUCUGGAUUAGGUGUUGGUGCCAUGGUAAUGCAGGGAACGGCAGCAAACGUCAAUUACUUGGAUGUUGAGAUUGGGCCAGCUACAUCAACAGAAAAUCUUGGCUAUCCUUUUGAAAAUGUUAGAAUUGAUGAUGAUUCCAGAUUUUUAACGAGUGGUAAGUUGCAAAUUGGAAAUAGUGUAGGUAAUGGUUUUGGGCCAGCUAUUUCAUCUGAGUACCCUGCUUUCUUUCAGUCUAGUCUGGAUACACCUGUCUGUCCUGGCAUGCCUGUUCAAGAAGCAGGUUCUUUGAUUCAAGAUCAAACUAGAUCAACCUCCACUGUUAGCCAUCAAAUGGAGCUGCAAAUCACUAGCCAUUCUUAUACAGCAUCCUACGGAGAUGCGAUUGUCACCAGCACUCUUCCCUAUAAUCCUGAUGCUCUUACUCUGAACCAUCCAUGCUCACCAUCGACGGGGAUCAAUCACGGUUCAAAUUCUGUUCAAGAUUUUUAUGACCAAGCUGGCAUUCCUUCCUUGAGGAAUCAGGCAUAUCCUUUGUAUACUGAGCCAAACACAACAAAUCGAAGCUUAGGUGACACUUCUAAGUUUGAUGUUCGUGUCCCAUUCACAGCACCUGACCAUUAUGAGCGCUCAUGUCACGGGAACAUCAUGCCUUUUCCAAGGACGGCAUACUCUGAAGAAAUGGCUUUAGAAUCCACUGGAAAAAAUAGUUAUGGAGAACCAUUUUUGAAGCUUUCUUUAGCACCUGAAACUUUAUCAGAAAUUGGAAGUAUUCAGAGGGAAAUCAAGAGCCCUUCAUCUUAUCCUUCCUUUGUGAUUGAUCAUGGACAUUCUGUUGCAUCACAAGACAAAACUGACCAUGAAAUAGCACAUAAGGUGAAAUUCGAACCAUUCACUUCUAGUGUAACUUCACCAGAGGAGCUUGAGUGCCAGUUACAACGCCGUGUUCAUCCUGGUGAUCGGGGCAGUGUGAAUAACAGAAGUGUGUUUUCUCGUUUGGGUUUGAAUUCAGAUAAGCAUGUCAAAAAGAAUAGUAAAGAUGCUGCAUAUGAGGAAAAUGAUAAGGAUUCAUCAGUGGAUGAGGUCAUGUCAAUGCUGAGCAAGAGUCUCUACGACUGGGUGAAGUCAAAAAAAUCUAAACCACCUACUAGACGACAUGAUGUAGAGAAGUUUAAGAAUAAAAAGCAGACCACAGUCCACUCUGAGUUGGAUAGUAAUUACUUGGAAAUGAUUUCAGAUAAGUCAAACAUGAUUUCUGCUACACCCACUGAAGAUAAAGAUGAUCAAAGGAGUGAAGAGAUACCAUUUGUGGAUUUUAGGCGGCGGAGCAAAUUGCGGAAAUUUAAUGGUGAUGACAAAGCUAGAGCGAAUGAUGAAAGUGCAGGAAAUGAUGGAGUCUUGGGUGGGCAGCACAAGAGAAGGAAGUUGAUCAGGCCGAACUUCAGUGACAACGAGCCACUUGAUGAUAAAAGGAAAAUUGCAAACACUUCUCUGAUUGUACAAGUAUUGUCAAAAGAGCCUCUUCAUGAUGUUGGCAGCCCAAUUGCUAGCCUUGCAAAUAAUCCUAACAUUCAGAAUGACCUUGAGUAUAAGGAUCCUAUUUUAAACAGAUCGCCUCAAGAUUGUUAUGAGAACAGUCAGUUCACUGUGAAGGAGUCAGCCCUGCAAAUACCUAAACCAAAUUCUGGAACAGCAAAUGAAUUUUCUGUAUUUGAAUGUGACAGAGGCAAUGAACUGGAGUUGCUUCCAAGAGUCGAACUUUGUCUAAACAAUGCUGAUCUUAGUAUCGGUAAUGUAGGCAGCUCAAGGAAUCUGCACUCUGAGUUGGAAAGAGUAGCCAAAGAAGUUGCAAUUUGUGUAGAUGCUGGUAUAGGUAAUAACCACCACGGAUCCAAUGAUAUACAGUCUGAGGCAUCUCUUAACACUGAUGGUUGCUUCGACAAACAAGAACCAUCUCAAGAGCACAGAUCCAGUAAACUGUCUGAGGCAUCUUUUGGCACUGCCGGUCGCCUCAACAAGCCAAAACCUUCUCAGGAAGUUCGGGACCUGAAUGUCCAAUUUGGAGAGAGACUUUUUAUACUUAGUAAUGGUCUCAAAAACUUUGAACGUGAUGCUUCUAAGCAUGUGGGUGAAAAGGGGGAUGUUCUUCCAAUCAGCAGGGGUAUUGUUUGCAAAAGUUCUGACAUUGGUACUUCUGAGAAUGUGGAAGAGAGGAAGGAUGUUCUUCCAAGCAGUCGUAGAGUCAGAAAAGGCAAACUCAGGAGAGCCUACGACCGCUCUGAAACUGAUACUUCUAAGCAUGUGGUCGAUAGAAAGGAUGUUCUUCCAAUCAGCGGCUGUAGCAAAAGCUCUGACACUGAUACCUUUGAGCCUGUGGAAGAUAGGAAGGAUGUUAUUCAAAGCAGUGACGGAGUCAGAAAAUGUGAAAUCAAGACAACCUACGACCGCUCUGAAAUUGAUACUUCUAAGCAUGUGAGCAGUCAGAAAGAUGCUAUUCCAAUGAACGGUGGUAAUGUUUGCAAAAGCUCUGACAUUGGUACAGCUUUGAAUGUGGAAGACAGGGAGGGUGCUCUUCAAAGCAAUGGCGGAAUUAGAAACUCUGAACUUAAGACGGCCCACAACCAAAAUACAAGAUUAACUCGUGAUUUUGAGUUUGAUGAUGCUUCUGCAAGUGUUGACAGUGAAAGAGAAAACAAGAGGCUGUGGAGUAUUUUAACCUCCAGGUUGAAUAAUCUGAAGAAUGCUCAACAACAGUGA